CAUUAAAAAAUGUGGAAAUGUUUUAUCUGCCGGCAAACACUACAUCAAUUGUGCAACCGCUUGAUCAAGGCAUUAUCCAUACUUUUAAAGCAUAUUAUCGCCAAAUGAUAGUACGGAAGCAACUACUUGUUCUUGAAAAAGGAAACACGGUUGAAGAAUUUAAGAAAACGUUCAACUUAUUGACAGCGAUUCAUAUGAUUAAACGUGCUUGCUGGAUGGUUAGACCUGAAACGAUUGCCAACAUUUUUAAAAAGUGCCAAUUUGUCAAAGAAUCCUUCGAGGUUAAAGAGCUUUCACAAGAAGCAGAUGGAAUAGUGGAACUUGUGAAUAGCGAUGAGUUCCUUCACGAGGAAUAUUUAAAUUUCGUUCACUGCGAUGACAAAUUGCCCUGCUACGGUGAAUCGACUGAGAUGUGGAUAUAAUUGCAGAAGCAGUUUCAGGGGCAGAAGCACUUUCAGAGUCGUCUGAAAAUGAACUAAGCAUACCCACUAAGAGAGAAGUUUUUGACUCAAUCAAUGUUCUACGUAAAGCACUUAAGCCUUCUAAUUCAUUUAUGCAAGAAAUUGAGGAUAUUGAGCAGUAUUACUUCUCAAUAAGCUCCAUAAAAAAUGUUCAAUCCAAAAUAACAGACUUCUUCAAAAACAGUAGUAAUUAAUUUAAAUUAAAAUUGUUUACAAAUGAUGUAAAUGAACAAGAAAUG